AUGGAGUAUGCUGGUCCGGCUUGGUGGACUUCUUUGCGAGGCGAGGUGGAUGGGUUGGAGUCUGUUCAGAGAUGGUGCACCAGAAUUCCCUACGGUGUUAGGAGACCUGACUACGCAACAAGGUUGAGAGUGCUCGAUAUGCCCACAUUUGAACAACGACGUGCGAGAGGCGACUUAAUAUUCUCCUACAGAGCGGUCCAUGGUCACUUUGGUCCGGAUAUUAUGAAUAUGUACCGUAUGAACACGAAAAAUUUACGGGGCCAUGGAUUUAAGCUCGCGAAGGAAAAAUUCAGGACUACCCAGAGGCAAAUGUUUCUGUCAAACCGAGUGUUCAAUGUUUGGAACUCCUUGCCUGAAACCGUCGUAGAAUCGUCUUCAGUGAAUAGCUUCAAGAACAGCUUUGACAGAUGGGUGACCUCGUCGUGA